AUGGCUGGCGCCAGCAAGGCGUGGGUCGGAGGCUUCUGCAGCCACAACUUCUCCACCGUCGUGGUUGAGUUCGGUAAAGAGGGGCGCGUGGUGCCCACCCUCACGGCUGGCAUCCAGGCGAGCAACGUGGUUGCCCACGAAAUGGCCCACAACCUCGGACUCUUUCACGACGGUCCGCCGAAGAACGACCCUUGCGCCGGGGACCACUUCAUCAUGGCCGAGUGGCGGAGUCGCGACACCACCAACAAGUGGUCCCAGUGCAGCAAGUCCAAGCUGAACGCGUUCAGAGACCACGAGAGGGUGGACUGCCUCGCGCCUCUGACCGAGGAGCAGCUGGCCGCCGCCCGCCACCUCAACGCCUGGAAGGACCAGCCUCCUCCGGGACAGCUCAUCGACGCAGACGAACAGUGCCAGAUUUUCCUCAAAGACCAUAUGGCCAGGAGGGCCGGAAAGCCGGAAGAGCUGAACGAAAUAUGCACGAAACUCAUGUGCAAAAGUGAGCGGAGGCUGGGCUACACUUCCCCUGGAGGUGCGCUGGAAGGAACCUACUGUGGCGGAACAAACUGGUGCCGUGGCAGCCAGUGCGAGCCCAUUCCCAAGAAGUAUCUCCAUGUGGUACCCGGCGGCUGGAGCGAGUGGCAAGUCGAGGGCGAAUGCACCAAAGCCUGCCUUGAGGACAGCGUGCCCCUGAUUCGCAUGAGGCGCUUCUGCAACAACCCACCGAAAAAGAACAGCGUAGAAGGCUGUGAGGGAGACAGCACGGUUCUAAGGCCGUGCGACAUAAGCGAGAACAAAAACGCGCCAGCAUGCAAGAAGCCGCUAACCAACAAAGAGUACAUCAACCAAAAGUGCGAGUACUUUUCUCGCCUGAAGCCUGAUCUGAAACCGGACGGCAUACAGCUCCCUUACGACAGAAACCAAACCUGGCGAGCCUGCAGCAUCUAUUGCCGCUACCGGAAGAGCGGCUACAUGUUCGCCCAGUUCGACCUGGCCGACUACCCAAACGUGACCAGCUACCUGCCGGACGGCACACGAUGCAACUUCGACAACGACACUGGGGCCGCGUACUACUGCCAGGGGAAUCAGUGCGCCACGCUGCUCCAGAGCCUCGCUGGCAUCCAGGACAACGAGGAAGGAGAGGCCCUGGACGUGGACGCUGACGAUUGGGCGGAAGAACGGGCCCAGGGGCGAUCCCUGGUGGAAAAAUACCUAGAGUACAAGCCGGGAAGUAGCUUCGCAGUCCUUGACAAAAAGAAGAUCAAGCACACGCCCCUGCGUGUUCAUGUGGACGACGCUGUUGAGAUACCGGGGACGUAG